CAAACACAGACAAUAAAGAUACCAAUCGAUUAAAACUGAACUUGCCAGCUCAGUUUCCAGGCGAAAUGAACGUCAGUGGAGUGUUCUGUCUAAUAAAUUGAUACUAGCUGAUAGUUUAGAUGAAAAAUUUGGAUAGUCAAAGAAAAUACAGAAAUAAUUGAUACGGUAAAAUUAACAAAAUACGUGCAAAUGCAAAAAAAAUUUGGUAAUGAGUACAUUUUCGAACAGUUCCAUGAUUGAUGAUUCAUAUUUCAUGUUAUCUCAAGUUGGGAUGGAAGAAAUCACCAGUCGGGGAACAAUCUGGUCUCGUUAGCCCUUUUGCACUCGCUGGUUACUCUGAGCUUGACAAUAGACUUAGCUGAAAAAGUCAUAUAACAUUCUUUUCCCUAUUCAAAUCCAAUCUAAAACCAGCCCGAGUUACUUUUCGGAAAGCAUCCGUAGUACCUACGAACAUGUACCGUAGAAACGGCGAAAGCACAGAGCACACGACGAAAACACGUAAUAUCGCAAUUACACCCGUAAUCACACCGGACGUUGACGGCGUCGAAAUACCGGUCUCGAAUCGCACUCGCCGGUCGGCUGGUGUUUCAGCUUCCCAAAUAAACUUUUCACAGCUUCCUGUAAGUCUCUCAGGGUUUCUUCUCUAGUGCUGCGAA